ACCACUUCGCAACCCAAAAUUUACACUUCUUCUGCUACUGCCGCUGCCAUUUCUGCUUUCAAGAUAUGGGUAAGCUUCCUUCUUCUUUUAUUCUUCGUUCCGUUGUUAAUGCUGGAAGCCAUCUUUCUAAUUUCCACUCUUUUUCUUCUUCUUCUAACACCAUUGCUACCUACAUCGAAUGCCUAAGUAAGAAACCCAUGUCCAUGCCUGUUAGAGGAAAGGGAAAAAGAGACCACCACUUCGAUAAUGUUGAUCAUGCUUUGAGUUUGUUCAAUAAGAUGAUUAAAAAGGACCCAGUGCCUUCAAUUGUGGAAUUCACUAAAUUAUUUGCAGCCAUUGUUAGAAUGAAACAUUAUGCCAUUGUUGUUCCUAUGUGUAGCCAGAUGGAAUUAUUAGGCGUUUCCCAUGAUGUUUAUUCUAUGAACAUCUUGAUUAAUUGCUUUUGUCAAUUAGGUCGAAUUGAUUUUGGGUUUUCUGUUUUGGGGAAAAUGCUGGAGUUAGGUGUUGAGCCUGAUGUUGUAAUUUUUUCAACUUUGAUUAAUGGGCUUUGUAAUCAAGGCCAGCAGGAGGAGGCAACAAGGCUCUUGAAUGAAAUGUUGGAUAACAAUAUUUCACUUAAUAUUGUCACGUAUAAUACAUUGGUUGAUGCUCUUUGCAAGGAAGGAACGGUUUCUAAAGCUGUAGAGAUCGUUGACACAAUGAGAAAGCAAGGCUUUGAGCCUGAUGUUGUCACGUAUAAUACAUUGGUUGAUGCGCAUUGCAAGGAAGGGAUGGUCUCUGAAGCUGAGGAUAUUGUUGAUGCAAUGAUAAAGCGAGGCAUUGAGCCUAAUGUUGUUACCUAUAGUGCAUUAGUUAAUGGUCAUUGCUUGCAGAAUGAAAUGGAUAAAGCUAGAAGAGUUUUCAACUUGAUGAUUGAGAAGGGUUGUGCACCUAAUAUAGUUACUUACAGCACCAUGAUCAAUGGAUAUUGCAAAGGUAAGAGGUUAGAUGAAGCAGUGGAACUCUUUCAUGAAAUAUCUCAAAAGGGACCAAUCCCGAAUAUAUUCACAUACAACACUCUCUUGCAAAGUAUGUUUCAGUUAGGGAAAGUUUCAACUGCAUGUGAACUUUUUAGAAAGAUGCUUGCUUCUGGACAAGUUCCAGUCAUAGCAACCUGUUUGAUUUUGCUGGAUGGUUUAUGCAAAACAGGUCAUAUCGAAGAGGCAUUGAAACUUUUUCAAGCAAUGCAAACCAGUGGGUUGGAACUUGAUAUUGUCCCGUAUACUAUACUAAUUGAUGGGUUUUGUAAAGCUGGGCAUAUCGAAGUUGUCAAGGAAUUAUUUCAUCAACUCUAAAACAAUGGUUUAAAACCGAAUGUUUACACAUAUUGUGUAAUGAUUAAUAGACUGUGUAAAGAGGGAUUGCCAGAUGAAGCAUACAGGUUAUUUGGGAGCAUGGGAGAUAAUGACUGUUUGCCUAAUAGCUGCUGUUAUAAUGUAAUGAUUCGGGGGUUCCUUUGCAACAGCUAUACCUCAAAGGCAACACAACUUCUUACGGAAAUGGUUGGUAAGGGCUUUUCUGCAGAUAUAUUCACUGCCACCUUAUUUAUGGAGCUUAUCAUAUACUGUAAUAAAUCAAUCUUGCUCUGAAAUGUUUCACAAAUUGUGUAAAGAUCAUAACUUGCAAAUGUGAAUCAGUUUGUACAUAACCAUUGUACAGUGAUAAAAGAUUCGGGAAACUAGAAUGAGUUUUAGUGUCUA